AUGGAGAGCCUGAUGAAUCGGUUUUGGUGGAAUGCUAAGAAUGGCGGUGGGAAGGGUAUGCAUUGGUUAUCAUGGUCUAGAAUGUGUAUGCCAAAGCAGUAUGGGGGUUUUGGUUUUAAACGAUUGCACGAAUUUAUUGUGGCACUUUUAGCAAAGCAAGGCUGGAGGAUACUAUCUAGGCCGGAUUCAACAAUGGCUCGUUUAUUUAAGGCUUGGUACUUUCAGAAAUGCUCCUUUCUUGAUGCAUCCAUAGGUCCGAAUCCAAGCUAUUGUUGGAGAUCAAUAUUGGCGGGCCAGACUAUAUUCCGGAAUGGCUGCUAUUGCCGAAUUGGUAUUGGACGGCACACUCGUAUAUGGGGGGAUCCAUGGUUGCCCGAUAACGAUAAUCCAUACCCCAUAACAUCACGGUCUGAACACCAUAGAACAGCAACAGUGUCAGCUCUUGUUGAUCCGGUUAGCAACACUUGGGCUUUACCACUGCUUGAUGAGCUUUUUUGUGCAAGAGAUGUACGUUUGAUUAAGCAACUGCCUUUAUCACCUGCUUAUGAAGAUGAAUGGAGUUGGCGUAAUGAUGUGCGUGGCUUAUACUCGAUUAAGCAUGGGUAUAGAUUGGCUACGGGGGCUACAAAUAAUGAUGUGUCUACAUUUACAGCCUGGGAUUCUAAAUGGAAACUCCGCAUUCCUCCAAAAUAUCUCAACUUCCUGUGGAGUCUGAACCGGAAAACCCUCUGCACCUCUGAGAGAUUGCCUCUUCACGACAGAUUGCUGGAAUAA